CGUUUGCUUGUCGUCAAAAAUCACUUUGCCGAAAAAGAAGCUGCUUUCUUGGGCGGCUAGUUUCUUCCCUUUUCGUGUAUUUUGUGGUCAAAAUACCAGAAUAAAACGUUUGUAUUGUUCUAAAUCGGUAGUUCUUGGUCAAAAUUAGUCAAGAUGACGAUCGGCAAGAACAACAAAAUGAUCCAGCUCCUGAACUAUCGGGUGCGGAUCGUUUUGCAGGACUCUCGAACCUUCAUCGGUACCUUCAAAGCAUUCGACAAGCACAUGAACCUGAUCCUCGGAGACUGCGAAGAGUUCCGUAAAAUUAAACCUAAAAACACCAAACUACCAGAGCGGGAGGAGAAGCGUGUGUUGGGAUUCGUGCUGCUACGAGGUGGUAACAUUGUAUCUUUGACGGUUGAAGGUCCUCCGCCACCAGAGGAGGGUCUUCCAAGAGUGCCGAUUCCAGGAGGUGCUCCCGGACCCGGAAUGGGACGCGUUGCUGGUCGAGGUAUGCCAGCCAAUAUCACCGCAGUUCCGGCCGGUUUGCAAGGACCCGUCCGAGGUGUUGGGGGACCAUCUCAGCAGCACAUGGCCCCGGUAGGACGUGGCGGUCAGGUUUCGGCUCCUCCUCAGAUGCGGCCGAUGAUGCCGGGUGGCCCUCCACCUGGCAUGAUGCCCGGCCCGGCAGGACUCGCUCAGAUGGCCGGUAUGGCCCGAGGUGCUCCUCCACCGAUGCGUGGCCCACCACCCGGUAUGAUGCGCGGAGGACCACCACCGAGGCCGUAUUAGAUGUAACAACUAUACAUAUACAUACUGCUCUGCCUCUGUCGUAGGGGAGACCUAGAAUUAAGUUUAAGAAAGCAAGAAGAUCUUUCUGCAUUCUUUUCUCUGUAUUUGCAUUAUAAUCAAUAAAACUGAUGAACUAAAAGAACGGUUUGAUGUUUAGUA